CUCUCUCAUAUUUCACCACAGAAGGAAAAGCUGCACCCUUUCCCAAUCCCCUCUCAGACCUCUCAACUAGUCCCCCCAAAGAAGCAGCCGCUACCAAACCGCCACCACUCUCAGCCAUGAAGAUAAAGAACAAAGGCAAAGUUCACCCCUCUCCUUCUUCUUCUUCUUCUUCCGAUGGAGUUGUUCUCUCUGUUCUUCAGCUUCUCCCGGCUGCUAUUCUAGCCCUGGCCUCGGUUCUCUCCCUCGACGACCGCGAGGUCCUGGCUUACAUGAUCACCCGCUCCAUGAAAACCUCACCCGCUUCCUUCUCAAACUCAAACACCCAAGACUCCAAGAAACGAGCUUCGAAGAAACAACCAAGUAACAGCAAGACAGAAACUAAUAAAGGCAACAACUACAACAACCACCACCAGUUCGACUGCGAGUGCUUCGACUGCUACAGAAGCUACUGGUUCCGCUGGGACUCCUCCCCCAACCGCGAGCUCAUCCACCAGGCCAUUGAGGCCUUCGAGGAUCACCUGGCCCACGGCGAGAAGUCCAACAAGAAGACCGCCGGGAGAGGCAAGCGGCGGGAUAAGAUCGGCCGCCGCGAGGCCCAGAAACCAGCUGACAGUUGCACCAAAGAUGAAGUCUUUGUUGUUGCGGCGGAGGAGGAGGAGGUUGUCGUCAAUGUGGGAGUGAGCUCAGCUCCCGAGGUGGUGUUGCCGCCUCUUUGCGAGGUGGUUGCGGUGGAGAAAGUUGAGGAGGUGGAAGAGGAAGUCGGGGAGGUUAAGGUGGAGGCGACGGCGGAGGAGGUGGCGUUGAGUGUACGCGCCGCGGCGGUGAGUAACCACAAGGGUCUGGUUAGGAAAGUACUUCCGGACGUGUUGGGGCUAUUCAAUUCUCGUUUGUGGAGUCUUUGGAGUCCGAAUGCGUAGGAGAAAAAAAAAACAAGGUAAAAAAUGGGAAUUAUCUUUUCUUUUACUUUUGGAGCCUCUGAAAAAAAGAGAGGGAGGAAGUAUUAUAUUUUUGGUGGGUAGGUUAAUUUUGGUGCUCGAAAUAUAUAGUUAUGUGACUUAUGUCCAUGUCUCCCUCACUCCCACUCAAUGAAAAUGUUCAUUAUUUCUGCUGUAAAUUAGUAGUAAUUUUUGCGAAAUUUGGUUGAGUAUUAUAAGUAGGAGAAGAAAUGGGCAUG